CUUGAAAUCUAUAAUAUGAAGAUUGAUUCCAAAGUUACUUCUCGAUUUGCUCACAACGUGGUAAUCAGCCGGGUAGUGAAUCGAGCAAAUAAGUCAAAAGAAGCUUUCUUUGAAAUGGAUCUACCCAAGACAGCCUUCAUUACCAAUUUCAGCAUGACUCUAGAUGGAGUGACUUAUGUGGGAGCCGUAAAAGAGAAAGAAGUUGCUCAGCACCAGUACCAACAAGCAGUUUCACAGGGAAAGACUGCAGGACUUGUGAAAGCAUCUGGCAGAAAAAUGGAGAAGUUUAAAGUGUCAGUAAAUAUUGGAGCAACCAAAAAAGUCACAUUUGAACUAACAUAUGAAGAAUUAUUAAAACGUAACUUGGGGAAAUAUAAGAUGAACAUCAAAGUAAAACCCCAACAGUUUGUCAAAGAAUUCCAGAUUGAUGUACAUAUCUUUGAACCACAAGGCAUUUCCUUUCUGAAUGUUGAUGCAAAGUUCUUAAAAAAUAAUCUGACUUCACUUGUGAAAAAGACACUUACUGCAACAAGGGGCCAUAUUUCUUUCAAACCAACUCUUGAACAACAGCGCAAAUGUCCUGAUUGUCAUGAGACAAUUCUGAAUGGAGACUUCAUCAUAGUAUAUGAUGUCAAUAGAGACCUGUCUGCUGGUAGUAUUGUAAAUGGAUAUUUUGUGCAUCAUUUUGCACCUGCUGAUUUACCCAGGAUCCCUAAAAACGUCAUUUUUGUAAUAGACCACAGUGGAUCUAUGAGGGGUACAAAAAUGCGUCAGACAAAUGAAGCUCUUAUAAAAAUUUUAGAUGAUAUGGACUCAAAGGAUCACUUUGGAAUUAUUAUCUUUGAUCAUUCUUUUGCAACUUGGAAAAAUGCAAUUUUUCAAGCAACUCCAAACAACGUGACUGAAGCUAAACGUUUUGUGAAAACAAUUUCAGCCAAAGGAGGAACAAAUAUAAAUGACCCUAUGCUAGAAGCAGUGAAACAUCUGGAUAAGGCCUAUCAAGAUAAGCUUCUGCCUGAAAGAAGUGUCUCCAUGAUUAUUUUGUUAACUGAUGGUGAUCCAAAUGAAGGAGAAUCAAACCCAGUAAAAAUUCAGCAAAAUGUUAAAAAAGCUGUCAAUGGCAAAUACAAUGUGUAUUGCCUUGGGUUUGGUUAUGAUGUUAAAUACAGUUUUCUAGAGAAAAUGGCACUUGAAAAUAAUGGUAUAGCACGGAGGAUUUAUGAGGAUUCAGAUGCUCCCUUACAGCUCCAGGGCUUUUAUGAUGAAGUGGCAAAUCCCUUGCUUUUGGAUAUUGAAUUGCAAUAUCCAGAGAAUGCCAUUUCAGAGUUAACUCAGGCCAAUUUUAGGCAGUAUUACGAUGGGUCGGAAAUUGUAGUGGCUGGCAAGAUUUCAGAUAAUAACCUGGAGUCACUCAUUACAGAGGUCUUUGCACAAGCUGCUAAUGAAAACUUAGCUCUAAAAGCGGAAGUGCAGGUAUCAGAAGUUGAAAAUGUUACUCAGCAGCAGCAAUACAUUUUUGGUGACUUCACUGAGCGACUGUGGGCUUAUUUGACCAUACAACAGCUUUUAGAGAAACGGGUUUCUGCAGAACCAAAUGAAAAGGGAAACCUAACCAACAGAAUCCUGGAACUGUCACUCAAAUACAGCUUUGUAACACCACUAACGUCAAUGGUGGUCACAAAACCAGAGAAAAAUAAGAAUGGCACAUUUGUUGCUGACAAACCAACAGAAGAUGAUGAUGAUAAUGAGAAGCCAUUAUCAUUUAGAACUCAAACUGCUGGAAGAUCUAAUAAACAUUCACAAAUAUAUCUAAAACGUCCUGCACUCCGUCCUUCCAAUCGUCGGGGCAUGCCCGGUUUUCCUGGCCUUUCUCAUUCAUCAUUUCGUGGACUGAGUGAUUUAGUAGACAAGCCUGCAGAUAUCAUGCCUAUUCGUAUCUUUCCCACAUUGGUUGACCGAAUCAUGCCCACAUUUCCUACUGAAAACGAGCCCACAUUUACUACUGAUAUCAUGUCCACAUUUGCUCCUGUUGACAGCGAUCCUCACUUUAUCAUUUCAAUAAAUGGUCACAAUGAUGCCAUUUGUUUCAACACUGAUGGGAAACCAGGGGCAAUUCUCAGUCUGGUCACAGAUCCAGUUACAGGUCUUACAAUAAACGGAAAGUUGAAUGGAGAGAAAAAAAUAGAAGCUAACAAGAAAACAAACUUAUACUUCAGAAAGUUUGGAAUCGUGAACAUGAAAGUGAAUGUAAAAAUUGAAGUGUCAACAAAGAUGAUUAAAGUCUUUCAAGGAGAAGACAUGUUUAAUCUCCCCUGGUCAGCAACAGCGUCUUUAAUAAAACAGAGUUUCUCAAUCUCAAUUAUAGAAGAAAGGAAUCUCACACUAACAAUGGGAGAUGAUGCAACAUUUGUUAUUGUGCUGCAUCAGACCCAGAAAAACCACCCUCUGCACAGAGACUUUCUGGGACUUCAUAUACUUGAUAGCCACAGGCUUUCAAAUAUGACCCAUGGAUUAUUUGGUCAGUUUUACCAUGAAGUAAGUGCUGAGGUACAGAACAUUCACCCCGGAUUAGAUGAAAGCAAAGCUGAUGCAACGAUGAUGGUAAAAGGUCACAAACUCAGAGUAACAAGGGGGUACCAGAAAGAUUACAAUAUCCCAUGCUGGCACGUUCACUACGAUGACAAAGAAUUUAUUGACGGAAGCCCCACUGACUAUGUUCUUGCUUCUUUAUUUGACUCCCAAUAUUCAUAACCUGAGACCGGAUGAUGAAAGUUUAUUCCUUUCGUAUUGUUGGCAUGUCCUUAUUAUUCAGUGACUUACAUGUCAAAUAUGUAUUGAUUAAAGGUUGUAAAUCUAUGUAUCUUCAAAUAUAAAUUCCUCUGUUCAUUUACCGUUAAAACUGCUUCUUUAAGAUGAUCAGAUUUAUUCUGAGUAGCUGUCCAGAGAUGAAGAGCUAAAGAUGGUGAGUUUGAGAAAAACACUGUAAUUAUGCAAUU